CAGCAGUCUUUGCACAUCUCUUUCUCUCUCCAUCUCUCUCUCCCCUCCUCAACCUCAGCGGUCCCCACACUGGAGCAGACGCUGGCGCAGUGUCGAUCCAUACGUGCACGUGUCUUGUCUUUCGGGGCGACCAGCGUUCUUUGAAAACGCCCAGCACUCCAGUUCGCAAGGGCUGUUGCGAGUUAAUCCGCGCGAGAAUGUGCGCAUGAGCAUCUUUUGUACCGAGGAGCAUGUGCACUGACUGAAAGACACAGCGAGGAUGCGUGGUGGGCAGGAUCUGUCGUGAUCGGUGGAGUUUGUGGUGUACAAUACUUGUGCUGUCAGUCUUCCCCUCCCUCCAGUUUGGUUGUCUGGCGAAGACCAACAGCAGCGUCCUGCCGGGAUGUCCACCUCACCAGGUGCAAGAGACGGAAGCCAAAGGAGCUCUUUGGAGCUCGAUGCGGAGCACUCGCAGAAGGUCCCCGGAGCCGAGCAAGCGGGGGUCCCAACGCCCCAGGUGAAGCUGAAAGAGAGGCAGAAGUUCUUUGAGGAGGCUUUUCAACAAGACAUGGAGCAGUACCUGUCCACCGGAUACCUUCAGAUCACCGAGAGGAGAGAGCCAAUAGGAAGCAUGUCGUCCAUGGAGGUGAACGUGGACAUGCUGGAGCAGAUGGACCUGAUGGACAUGUCCGACCACGAGGCUCUGGAUGUCUUCCUGCACUCUGGGGGAGAGGACAACAGCGCUGCCUCACCGGUCACAGGUCCAGACAUUGAGUCCUUCACAACCGAGAUCAGCCUCCAGGUCCCCACACAGGCCGAGCUCCGACACAAGCUUUCGUCCCUGUCCUCCACCUGCACGGAUUCAGCCAGCCAGGACACUGAGGCCGGGGAGGACGAUGAGGACGAGGAGGAGGCCGAGCAAGGAGGAAGAGGCGGUGGCAGUGUUGUUGUUGGAGGAGGAGGAGGUGGAAGGAGAAGAAGACCCCCAGUAGUAGUGACCCUGGACGAAGAGGAGGUCCACCCGGACGCUGCGCUGGCGGACAGAGAGGACCAGGAGGAUCAGAGCAGUCGAGACUGUGAGGAGAGGAGGCAGCAGGUUUGAGGACAGAUGGACCUGAUUUAAAGAGUGAAAACCCUCAGAGCUGCCAAAUCAAACUUAGAUCUAUAUUCUAUUGUAUUCUAUUUAUUGGCUUUUAUUCCCAAAAACCUUUCAUUUCAUCAGAGAGACGACACUGAGGUUGCACUAACUGCCACAUAAAACUUGCCUUAAGACCAGUGAUGUAAGUUCAGUCUGAUCAAAUGUUUUUCCAAGAUGUUUGUGAUCCGUUUUUUUUUUU